UUCCCACUUAGCCACAGCUCCAGCAUCCUCUCUGUGGGCUGGUCACCAACUGUACAACCACCAUUUCACUGUGGACAUUACUCCCUCUCACAGAUAUGGGAGACAUGGGAGAUCCACCAAAAAAAAAACGUCUGAUUUCCCUAUGUGUUGGUUGCGGCAAUCAAAUUCACGAUCAGUAUAUUCUGAGGGUUUCUCCGGAUUUGGAAUGGCAUGCGGCAUGUUUGAAAUGUGCGGAGUGUAAUCAGUAUUUGGACGAGAGCUGUACGUGCUUUGUUAGGGAUGGGAAAACCUACUGUAAAAGAGAUUAUAUCAGGUUGUACGGGAUCAAAUGCGCCAAGUGCAGCAUCGGCUUCAGCAAGAACGACUUCGUGAUGCGCGCCCGCUCCAAGGUGUACCACAUCGAGUGUUUCCGCUGCGUGGCCUGCAGCCGCCAGCUCAUCCCCGGGGACGAGUUCGCGCUGCGGGAGGAUGGCCUUUUCUGUCGCGCGGACCACGACGUCGUGGAAAGGGCUAGCCUAGGCGCCGGCGACCCUCUCAGCCCUCUGCACCCGGCGCGGCCGCUGCAAAUGGCAGCCGAGCCCAUCUCCGCGCGACAGCCAGCCCUGAGGCCCCACGUCCACAAGCAGCCGGAGAAGACCACCCGUGUGCGGACUGUGCUCAACGAGAAGCAGCUGCACACCUUGCGAACCUGCUACGCUGCCAACCCUCGGCCCGACGCGCUCAUGAAGGAGCAACUGGUGGAGAUGACAGGCCUCAGCCCCCGCGUGAUCCGGGUCUGGUUUCAAAACAAGCGGUGCAAGGACAAGAAGCGGAGCAUCAUGAUGAAGCAACUCCAGCAGCAGCAGCCCAAUGACAAAACUAAUAUCCAGGGCAUGACAGGAACUCCCAUGGUGGCUGCCAGUCCAGAGAGACACGACGGUGGCUUACAGGCUAACCCAGUGGAGGUGCAAAGUUACCAGCCGCCUUGGAAAGUACUGAGCGACUUCGCCUUGCAGAGUGACAUAGAUCAGCCUGCUUUUCAGCAACUGGUCAAUUUUUCAGAAGGAGGACCAGGCUCUAAUUCCACUGGCAGUGAAGUAGCAUCGAUGUCCUCUCAACUCCCAGAUACACCUAACAGCAUGGUGGCCAGUCCUAUUGAGGCAUGAGGAACAUUCAUUCAGAUGUAUUUUUUUCCCUGUUGGAGAAAGUGGGAAAUUAUACUGUCGAACUCCAAAAUAAAAGUAUUUAACAACCCAGUCAAUGAAAACUGAAUCAAGAAAUGAAUGCUCCAUGAAAUGCACGAAGUCUGUUUUAAUGACAAGGUGAUAUGGUAGCAACACUGUGAAGACAAUCAUGGGAUUUUACUAGAAUUAAAACAACAAACAAAACCUAAACCCAACAUAUGCUAUUCAAUGACCUUAGGAGUACUGAAAAAUAAAAAUAAAAGACGUUUUUAAAACGUAGAGGAUUUAUAAUUCAAGGAUCUCAAAAAGAAAAGGCAUUUUCAUUUCACUGCACAUCUGGAGAAAAGCAGAAAUAGGAAAAUUUCUAGUCCAUCCUAAUCUGAAUGGUGCUGUUUCUAUAUUGGUCAUUGCCUUGCCAAACAGGAGCUCCAGCAAAAAAGAGCAGGAAGAGACUGGCCUCUUGGCUGAAAGAGUCCUUUCAGGAAGGUGGAGCUGCGUUGGUUUGCGAUGUUUUUAGUUGACUUUAACAAGGGGUUAAUUGAAAUCCUGGGUCUCUUAGUGUGUCUGGUAGCUGGUUUCUCUUUUACUUUUGCCCCCCCCCUUUUUUUCUUUUUCUUUUUUCCUUUUUUCCCCCUUUUUUGAGAUCCAUCCUCUAUCAAGAAGUCUGAAUCGACUUUAAAGGUUUUUGAAUUCAGAUUUAAAAACCAACUUAUAAAGCAUUGCAACAAGGUUACCUCUAUUUUGCCACA